UACACUCAGUCUCGUUGCAAUGCGGUACCGUCUUUGCAGUCGACAGACACCGAUUUGGUGCCGUGGAUACUUUCAUAAAAUGAUGCCUCGCUAGACUCAAUACACAGGAUAAUCACCUACCCCACCAAACCCAAGAUACGAUGAAGGCAGCACAGGGCAAAGAACUUGGUGCCAUCGAUACCAUGCUGACGGUUGAAGACAUUGAGAUACCAAGUCUUGACGACCUGCCGUCAAAGAAAAAAAAAACACACGUCAUCAUUCGGACUCGAGCUGUGGCUUUAGCUUGUGGUGACUGUCGAGUUUUAAGUGGCAAAACAAGGAAGUUUCAGGGGCCUCCGUCUUUCCCCUACAUCCCUGGUGGAGAUUGCUCGGGUAUUGUCUGUAAAAUACCACCAGAGGCUUCGAACGACCCUGACUUCCCUUUCAAAGUCGGAGAUCGUGUCGCUUCUCGUUUCACAGAGGGUCCACGAGGUGCCUUGGCGGAGUUUGCUGUUGUAGAUACCACUGUUAUGGAAAAAAUACCCAGCAAUAUUUCUUUCGAAGAAGGAGCGAUUUUAGCUUCGGUAUGCCCAGCUACCCUGUUAGCAGAACGAAUAAAAGAAGGUGAACGUGUGCUCAUAAUGGGUGCAGGCGGUGGCGUGGGUAGCCAUGCAUGUCAGAUUAUGAGGAAACAAGGGGCGUCGCUUUUAGUGGGAGCCUCGUUGCAACCCGAUCGUCUGCUCCAGGAGCCCUUGAAAUACGACAAGGCUGUUAACUACAGCAAGGAGGAUCCAUUCUCAAUGAAAGAAUUCAAGGAUGAGCCCUUCGAUGUCGUCGUAGAUCUUGCCGGGGGAUCUUGGCUUCGGCUUUUGGAAGAUUAUAAGAACAAAGAGAAGUCGAUCGUGAAACCCGCAUCGCAGGGCGGUAGAUACCUGACACUAACACCCGACGAGGCCAUUUUUAAGGCCGAAUCCAUUAUGGAGAUUUUGAAACCCUUUUUGCUGUUUCCAUUAUGGAGAUUCUUCAAAUCUAGGUUAUGGGGUCGAGGUCACCUUCCUAAAUACACGUUUGCCCAUAGUAUUGAAUUCGAACGAUCGCAUUUGACGCGUACCAUGAACAUGGCAGAAAAUGGAACAUUGAAGGCAGUUAUGGAUUCCCGAGGGCCGUUUUCCUUCACGACAGAGGGAGUGAGAAAAGCUUUCCGACUUCAGGAAACUCGUCAUGUCCACGGAAAGACUGUGAUAAAAAUCAAAGAUGAAAAUGAUUAACCUAGCAAGUGCUGAAGACGGGAUACUUACAUAAUUCUGGACUUUCAAAAUGGAGCAAAGGCAUCAAAAAAGGAAAGAAAAUGCUGUUCCGCUAGUCUUGUUUUCGAAAUUCAUCUUUUGUACAAAAAAAAAUACUUUCCUUU